GGCGGAAGUGGUGUGGGCGAGGUGAACCCGCAGUGCAGAGAAGCGGAGCAGCGCGGCGGAGGAGACGCCAGCAAUGACGCGCUUCGCUCUGAUGAUUGUCCGACAUGGACAAACAAGAUUAAACAAGGAGAAAAUAAUUCAAGGACAAGGAAUAGAUGAGCCUCUUUCAGAAACUGGAUUUAAACAAGCAGCUGCUGCUGGUGUUUUUCUAAAUAAUGUGAAGUUUACUCAUGUUUUUUCCAGUGAUCUCAUAAGAACAAAGCAGACUAUGCAUGGGAUUUUGGAGAAGAGCAAAUUUUGUCAAGAUAUGACAGUGAAGUAUGAUUCAAGACUUCGAGAAAGAAAAUACGGGGUUGCAGAAGGCAGGGGGCUGAGUGAGCUAAGGGCGAUGGCCAAAGCAGCUGGCGAAGAAAUCCCUGGGUACACACCACCUGGAGGAGAGACCUUAGACCAGGUGAAGAUGCGUGGAAUAGACUUUUUUGAAUUUCUUUGUCAACUGAUUUUGAAGGAAGCAGGUCAAAAAGAACCGUUUUCCUCAGGAUCUUCAAGCAACUGUCUGGAAACUUCUUUGGCAGAGAUAUUCCCUUUAGGAAAAGACUGUGCCUCCAAAUUUAAUUCAGACAGCAGCGCUCCGGAAUUAGUAGCCAGUGUCUUAGUUGUGAGUCAUGGUGCCUACAUGAGAAGCCUGUUUAAUUAUUUUCUGACUGACCUUAAGUGUUCCUUACCAGCAACUGUGAGCAAAUCCGAAUUUACAUCAGUCAGUCCCAAUACAGGGAUUAGUCUCUUUAUCAUAAACUUUGAGAAAGGAAGAGAAGUUAAACCAAUAAUUCAGUGUAUUUGUAUGAACCUACAGGAUCAUCUAAAUGGAGUGACUGAAACUUGCUAAAAUCUAACAAUUUUGAGCCUCUGAGGGAGGGAGUGCCUUUGACUUUAUUUUCAUCCUCUGCUAUAGCUGAAUUGGAAACAGUUAAAAAGCUCUCUACUGUAGCAAUUUUAAAGCUCGAAUGGAAUCAUAGCCACAUAAAACACUAAUGGAAAACUGUUUAAAAUUGACUUUUGUCCGAGUACAGUUGGCAUUUUCCAGAGUAUUUGUACCACUCUGUUUAGUAAUAUCUCUGGAUUGUAAAUGGACGAAGGAACUCAGUAUUGCAAAUUGGGGGAUUAAUAACCUGAUUAUUGUUUUUUUCUUUUAUGUUGAUAUUUUUCUUUAAUGUCUGAAAAGUCUAGCUUAUUUUAUUGGCUCUUGAUAAGAUACUGUACGUUUUUUGCUAUCUUCAUCCAGUGCUUGGAUGAAGGAACUGUUUAUAAUUCCCACUGCAUAUUUAUAGUGCCAAUAUGGUAUAUUUUUAAAGUCCUUUAAAUAUAAAGUGCUUACCAGUAUAAGUUUAUAUAAAGCAAAAUGACACUAAUUUUUAAUAUAGAAAUCAGCUGUUGGAAUUGUUUGCUCAAAGGUUUGAAAUGUGAAUAAAUGGAAAUUAGAAUUGCAGAAUGGUAUGGUGAGGAAGAAGUUAAAGCAUCACUUGAUUUAAAAAUAUUGAAGAAGGAAUCUAAGCAGGAAAAGAUAAAGUUCUUUCCUGUCUAAUCUGUAGGCUGAAGGAUUUAAUUUGAGGAGGGCUCUAAUGAAAGUAAAUAGGUACUAGUGUCCUGCACAGAAACCUCAGAAUAAAAGUGGGUGCUUCGUUGAAAAAAGAAAUGGUACUCUGAUAACUGCAGAGGUUUUUGUGAAAGGUACAGAUGAGGUUGCCUCUUUUCCCCACCAGAUGGCACUGGAGAAAAGGGAUUUUGCUUAACUUAAUUUUGUACAUAUGAGUAGGCCCUCAAAAAUCCUUAUCUAAAUGAAGACGUGUUUUAUAUGUAGUUUGUUUUUCAGUUCGCAUGUUGAUGAAUGCUCUGAGUCUCAACGUUUACAAGAAUUAACAUUAAAGUGUGUCAGUUAAGGCUAAAAUCAUGUCUAGUCAACAUUUACUUUAAACGACAUUUAAGUCGCACCUGAAGUCUGGCAUUCUGCUGUUCUCCAUGUGUCUAGCAACGGCCGUUUUCCUGCCAGUAUUGGAGCAAAGCGUGUGGUGAGCACCAGGGGAGGACACUGCAAAUGAAAAUUUGACAAAAUAACUGAAAGGGACAAAUAAUACGAAUAUCUACAUUCCCAUCAUCCACAAGUAAUAUCCCCCUUUUUUAAGACCUGAUUGUGAUAUAAGUCACAGUCCUUAUUUCACCAGUUCUCGCAGUCCUGUGCCCUCUUGUUCUCUACAAAGGCAGCCAUCACAAGGAAUCGGUGUUCACGAUCAUCCACUCUUUAUGUUCCCACCUGGAAUCAUAAGGAAGCAGUAUUAUUUUGGUGUUUUAAAAAUGUACAUAACUAUCUUUAGGCUGUCUGUAUCUUUUAUUUUUACUUAUGUCUUGGGGCUCUGUGCUGAUUUGUAUAUGUCUAUUAUCUUAUAGCCACUGUAUUUUGUUGAAUAAAUAUGGCACUUUUGUGUAUUUAUUCCCCUCUAUUAGUGGAAAUACUCAACAUUUUCCCAUAGAAACUGCUCAGGGAAAAACCUUUUGCAUCUUUUCUCACGCUAUGCAAUAAAAUACAUGCAU